CGGAGGAGAAGGACCGCAAGCGUUCCGUGUUCUUCGGGCGGUUUGUUUGAAGGGAGGAAGGAGACGAGGGGGCCGCGGCCAGCACGUUCAAGGAGGGCAAACCCGCAAAGCCUGCUCAAGCUUCUGUGCGAGGUUUUGAAAAGUCUAGAUUCUGCCAAAUCAUCCGCGCUGUCUCGCUUCGAAAAGCUUGAGGAGGAAGGUCGAUCACAGCCAGGUUGGGGGUCAAUCCAUUGUCUUGCCCUGCGUAGCGAUUUGGCGGUUCAGCAGGCCUCAAAAGGUGUGUAGUGGGUGGUGCUCGUGAGGAGUGCCAGCAGUUGCUUCAAUUGGCUCUAGAUAGCACUUGGAAUAUGCGCGGGUGCCUUUGGUGACUUGCAUAGCAGGGUGUUAUGGCAAGCGGCGCAGGAUUUCGGGCUGCGUCUCGCUUUCAGCAGUUUGCCAAGUCCUUCGGUGGGGCAGCACAGACCGCGGGGAGAAGGGCAGGAAGUACCGGCAUGGGAAAUGUAGCAGAGAGUGCAAGUAGCACAAGCUGUAAAGGUACAGCAAGGCGUGGGGCGCCUGCGAAUGUAGGAAGUUCUGGGCGGGUUCCGAGGGCGAGCUUGUUUGAGAGCGAAGGCAGCAUGCACCAUAGUUUUGCGAGUGCGUCGCGAAAACCUUGUGCAACCCGCUCAUUGUACCCGCGAUAUGCGAUCGUGGCGGCUUCUCGGUUAGUGUCGAUGCUGGGAGUGGAGGGCGAGCAUACAGCUUUGCAACAAGAUGACGACGGUACUUGAAUUCUGGGGCCAGAAGUAAACGCAAGCUUGACGUUGAGACAUUUGAGCAAGGCGUGGCUAGUAUCCUCAUCCGCUACAUUGCUUUGCUCAGAUGACGACGGGACAUGAGCUGCCCCGCUGCAGAUUCAUAGGUAGCUCUUCCGUGCUUGUAGAUGCUUGGGAUGACACGUGAAGCCGUCGACCUCUAAGAGGCUAGGUACUCGGACUCAUCUUUACGGGACAGAUUGGAAGGAACCAAAUUUGAACAUUGUGUCUAUACAUGCCUGCAGUCCAUCCCUUGGCCGGAGUGUUUCACACUCCUAGGUGAGCAAGUCGGUUGACAAAGUCGAACCAGACUGCUCAUCUGGUUAAUCAAAGGAGCAAUACUAUUGUACAUUGUAAAGCGGAAACAUUUUCUGGUAGACUUACGUAGAUUAGCCUGCAAGGUGGUCACUGAGUAUCAUCCAUCUGUCAGGUUGAGAAAAGGCAGCGGGUGAAUCAGCAUGCCCACACAAAAAUUGUGGUCAUCUGCCCUGGAGCUCCGCUUCAAAGUGUUAUUGCUCUCCACGGGCCAACUCGUGGCAAUGUCUUGCUGAAUGAAUGGUCCAG